AUAAAUGAGAACAUCGUGUUCUUCUCCUCUUUCUCUCUCUACAUCUCUCCUACUUUCCGUAAUCCCACAUGUAAAAAUAAACCAUCUUUUCUGCUAACUUAGAUUUUUCUACCAGAAGAAGAAAAAUUGACCACGUUCUGAAGAAGAAGAAGAAGAAGAUAAAGGAAAGAUCCUCUUUCCAAACACUUUUCCUUAAGUGGGUAACAUCGAUCUCUCUCUUCCAUGUCUGAUUCUUGAUCCUUUGAUCCCUUCUUUCUGUUAUUGGGUAUCAAGAAAGAAAGAAAGAAAAAACAAGAUUUUGCAAGAAUUGGUGUUUGCCCUUUGAUUGUAGUAAGUACUAGAUAUGGCAUGCCAGGCUAUUCAUUCUUGGACAUUUGCUGGUUUGGUGGGAGCUUUUGUAAAUCUUACUAUUGCUUAUUUCUUAUUGUGUGCUUCAGCAGUUGUCUAUUUCGCUUCCAAAUUUCUGGGUUUUCUGGGUUUAUCUUUACCAUGUCCUUGCAAUGGUUUGCAAACACUAUUAAUAGAUUGUCCAAAAGAAACUGUCUCUUCAGUUAUGGUGUCUGUGAAGAGAAGUUUCCCUUUCAAUUCCAUUUAUCAAGAAGAUUAUAGUUUGAAUUUGAGGUUGAUUAGUGAUGGGAAGAAUGAAAAUGUAGGAGUUGUUCAAAUUGAUGAUGGUGCAUCUUCUAGUUUAGUCACCCGGAGGAGGAAUUCUCGAGAUUCUACAGGGAAUGGACCCUUCACGCCCAAAAGACUUGAGAUUGGUUUGGGAUGUGAUGAAUUGGGAAAUGAUGCCCCGGAGAGUGGAGAAAUUUCUCCAUAUUCAUCCUAUAUUUUCUCUUCAACAGAAAUGGGAAGCGGUUGGGAUCAGACUCAUUUCAUUGGUAAAGGAGGAUCAAUCGAAGAUUCUGAUUCUGAUCCUGGUGAGGACCAUGCCAUUAAACGGGAUGAUAAAGUGGUUCAUGCCAAUCCGACUAUGAUGGAGGAAAAGAGUGAAUGCUCUUGUGAAGAAGAACAAGAAGAUCAUGAUGCAGAACUAGAGAUGAUAAAACAAAUCGAGGAAAAAGAGGCAAUCAGAAUCCUUCAGAGAGCAUUGGAAGAGGAGCGAGCCCAUCGUGCAGCUCUCUAUGUGGAGCUUGAGAAGGAGAGGAUUGCUGCUUCCAGUGCUGCAGACGAAGCCAUGGCCAUGAUCUUGAGGCUGCAGGAGGAGAAGGCAUUGAGGGAAAUGGAAACGAGACAAUACCGAAGAAUGGUGGAGGAGAGGACAGCUUACGAAGAAGAAGAAAUGACAAUCUUGAAAGAGAUAAUCGUGUCCAGAGAAAGGGAGAAACAUUUCUUGGAGAAGGAAGUUGAAGUUUACAGGGAGCAGUCUGCUUCUGCCCAAAUCCACGAAUUUUAACAUGGGUUCCUUGCUGAUCUAGGAAAGGGGUGAAAAUUCCUAGAAUCAUGUACCUUUGUAAAAGUAAUCUUAGUAUCUGUAAAUGUGAUUGCCGUGUGUAUUUGUAACAUUGUGAUUAGAAAAAAAAAAGAGUUCAAGUUUGGCUUCAAACAGAACACUGUUAAGUCUUUUGAAGGUUUUCGCAAUUCAGGUAAAUCCGAAACCAAACAAAAUAGUAGC